CAUCAUCAACCAUGCUCCUAUCCCUUAUUGCUAUAUUUUGGCUAUACCGUAUAUUAAAUAUAUCUAGAAUAUAUCUUACAACAUUUCAUAUGCAUAUAAAACAAUUAGAAAAUAAAUAAAAACUUAGCACACAGUUAUAAAACCUUUGAAACAGUAAAGUAGGAGUAAAAAUGAUGCAACUUUAAAAUAUCAGACACUCGCACAAUGGCAAAACUGACAGGAUAUAAAAUCUUUGGACCAUACACAAAGGAGAACAUUAUCUCAAAAGAUGACAAUACUGAUAAUGUAUAAACCGAAUGUAUUUCAAAAUAUUAUCAAAAGUAACUCUAUACAACACCAGAAACGAAUAUUGCGUACACAUUUAAGAUAAAAAUUUGGACGACUUUGGAGUUAUAUUUUUUCUAUUAUAAUUGUACAUUUUUUACGUUUUUUCCUGCCUGUUAAAACAUCUGAAGUUUUAAAGACUGGAAUAUAUCUAGGAGAUGGAAGACGUGGAAACAUUAACUCUUGAAAAAGUAGAUCAUAUCAACAUUGUGGAAUACACACCAGCAAUAGUUGUUAUGACAUUGAUAGUGGUUUGUGGACUUACCGGAAAUAUUUUUGCCGCCAUUUUCUAUAUCAGAAAAGCGCAACAAUCAGUUUUACACAUUUUCAUUUCCUGUCUGUCAGUAAAUGACGCGGUAACUAACUUUGUUCUUGUACAUGACAUAUUUCAACUUUUCUUUUAUCUAUCAAGUAAAGAUGUUAUAACUUGCAAGCUGUUUCUUGUUUUAAAGCACUGGUUGAUUGGAAACUCCUUACUUUUCAUGGUUGCUAUGGCAGCGGACAGAUAUCGCCGGAUCUGUUAUCCAUUUUCGAAACAAAUUACGUAUCAGGUGGCAAGGUUUAUCAUUUUGGGAUUAACUUCUUUCUCUUUUCUCAUUGCAUCAAGGAAUAUUGCAACCGCUGAUAUAUUUAAAUUCAACAUAACUGCUGAAAGUAACUCUGCAAUAACGGGCUACUACUGUACACGGUCUAAAGAAAAGGAAUUUGCGCUCGCGAUAACUAUCUUCCACGUGAUAGAUAUUUGUAUUCAUGGAAUAACCAUGGUGUUAUUCGUCACUUUAAAUGUAUUCCUCAUACGGAAGAUCUUUCAUACAAAACAAAAGCUGAAAAUACACGGACCUUCAGUUUCGUUUAAAGUAAACGGAUUGCAGAGCGAAAGUAGUGUUUGUGUAUCUAGUACGGACAAAGUUCAUAUCGAUUUUGACAACAAUGGAGAUAACAUUGGGGACACGGUAAAGAAAAAGCAGGAAAAUAAAUACGAUAUCGUCGAACUUGAAAAGAAGUCAACAGUCAAGACAGGUACACUGAAGAACAACCAUGGAACUUUACGAAGGACCUUAAGCCGUGUACACGCCUCUCGUAUGGAAAUCAAAAUAACUGUAAUGGUUGUUGUGAUAACUGUUAUAUCUGCGCUGUGUUUUGUUCCUUACUAUGUGGCUAUGCUCACCGUGAAACAAGAUUUCAGCGGAAGUAGCCGCAUUAUGAGCGUAGCGGAAAUUCUUGCGCGCAGAUCUUACAUAUUAAAUAGUGCCGUUAACCCUUUCGUAAUGUUAUUGUUCAAUCUACCAUUUAGACAUUUCGUUCAAAAUGUGGUUUGUUUUAAAUGUCUACAAUAUAGAAAUAUGGGAAAUAUGUGAUAUCUACAUUCACCGCUGACAUGCCAUCUUUGACUAUUGUGAAUUGGACGUAAGAGUUCUCUUAAUCUCAUGUAUCUCUUCAUUAUAUAUUUGUGUGUAAAUUUGCAUUUUUUCUGUUGUCGUAAUUCAUUUCAAAAUACCAUGCUGAUAUUAAUUACCGAAUUUAAUAUCUAAUGUUAAAGAAGAACGCAUGCAUGUCCAAAUUCACAAAGACAAUAAAACAAAAACGUCGAUCAUAGCAUAUGAUUUAAAAAUAUCAGAUUUGAUAAAGCACCCAUUAACUUGCUCCAAAUUUAUACACUGACCCCGUGUUCUUGACCGUUUAACGUCUGAAACAUGCUAAUGUGACAUUGGAUUACAUCUGCAUUUAAAAUUGCUUUACUUUCAACAUCAAGCUAUUCUAUCAUAAGAUCAUUAUGUCCUUGUAAAUUGGGAUUAUCGCAUUCCUAAGUGUUAAGGAUUAUCUUUAGUGAUCAUUAUUUAUGUUUACAACGUCUGUCAUUAUCAUUUUGUUGUAAUUAUAAUAUAUAUUAACAAGAUACAUGUGUUACUAUGUAUCAAUUUAUUUUAGAAGUUCUUUUCAACGAGAUACAAAUAUCUUACAUAGUAUUGGUAUCAAAAUAAGAUUUUAUCAUUACCGUUUAGAGAACGUCAUGUUUUGAUAUAUAUUAUCUCAAAAGCAGUCUUCGGGCGUCAUGUGGCGGCUGUAAAAUGUUUCCCCGUACUUUUACCCAGUGCUUUGAUAUUUUCAGGGUAUUUGGUAUAAUGGUUUUUAUUUAAUGUAUCUAUAAUAAAAUCCCGCUUUUAAAAGCAUGUGCUAGCGGGUGUG